GAAGCGAACGCGUGCUCCCUCCCGUUACCCUCCGCCUGCGGGGAGGGCGGGGAAGGCGGGAGGCGCGCGCUCGCGUGCUGCGUGCUCGCGUACGUCGCUAGGGUUCGGCUGCGUCCGUCCCGCCGCUCGCCCGUUGCCGCCGCCGCCGCCGUCGCCGUCGCCGCGCUCUCGCUUCGCCGGCCGCCGCCUAAGGGGGGCUGGGGCCGGGCCAAGCUGCCGCCACUGUUGCCGGAAUGCCGCGGGUGUACAUCGGCCGCCUGAGCUACCAGGCCCGGGAGCGCGAUGUGGAGCGCUUCUUUAAGGGCUACGGGAAGAUCCUGGAGGUGGAUCUGAAGAACGGAUAUGGGUUUGUGGAGUUUGAUGAUCUGCGUGAUGCAGAUGAUGCUGUUUAUGAACUAAACGGCAAAGACCUUUGUGGUGAGCGAGUAAUUGUUGAGCAUGCCCGCGGCCCACGUCGAGACGGCAGUUACGGUUCUGGACGCAGUGGAUAUGGUUACAGAAGAAGUGGCCGAGAUAAGUACGGCCCUCCUACCCGCACAGAGUACAGACUUAUCGUGGAGAAUUUGUCAAGUCGGUGCAGCUGGCAAGACCUAAAGGAUUAUAUGCGUCAGGCGGGAGAAGUGACCUAUGCAGAUGCUCACAAGGGCCGUAAAAAUGAAGGGGUGAUUGAAUUUGUGUCUUACUCCGACAUGAAAAGAGCUUUGGAAAAGUUAGAUGGAACUGAAGUCAAUGGCAGAAAAAUCAGAUUAGUCGAAGACAAGCCCGGUUCCAGACGCCGCAGGUCCUAUUCCAGGAGCCGGAGUCACUCCAGGUCUCGUUCCCGGAGCAGACAUUCUCGUAAGAGCAGAAGCCGAAGCGGCAGCAGCAAAAGCAGUCAUUCGAAGAGCAGAUCUCGGUCCAGGUCGGGCUCCCGUUCCCGGAGCAAGAGCCGCAGCCGCAGCCAGAGCCGCAGCCGCAGCAAGAAGGAGAAAAGCCGGAGCCCCAGCAAGGACAAGAGCCGCAGCCGCAGCCGCAGCGCGGACAAGCGCCGCAGCAAGAGUAAAGACCAGGCCGAAGAGAAGAUCCAGAACAGCGACAACGCCGGCAAGUCCAAGAGCCGGAGUCCCAGUCGGCACAAAAGCAAGAGUAAAAGUCGAAGCAGGAGUCAGGAGAGGCGAGCGGAGGAGAAGCGGGCGAGCGUGAGCAGAAGCAGAAGCAAGGAGAAGAGCCGGAGCCAGGAGAAGGGCCUGCACAAGAGCCGCAGCCGCAGCCGCAGCCGCAGCAAAGGAGGCAGCCGCAGCCGCAGCCGCAGCAAAAGCAAGGACAAGAGGAAGGGGAGGAAGAGGAGCAGGGAGGAGAGCCGCAGCCGGAGCCGCAGCCACAGCAAGAGCGAGAGGAGCAGAAAGCGGGGCGGCAAGCGAGACAGCAAGUCGGGCAGCGGCAAGAAGAAGAAGAAGGAGGACGCCGAGCGCUCCCAGUCCAGGUCGCGCUCCCGCUCCGCCUCCAAGGAGCGCGAGCACGCGAAGGCCGAGUCCGGCCCGAGGGAGGGCCGAGGGGAGAGCGCGGAUGCCGGUGCCCAUCAGGAGACCCGGUCCCGGUCGAGGUCCAAUUCCAAGUCCAAACCGAACCCUCCGUCAGAAUCACGCUCCAGAUCGAAGUCCGCUUCAAAAACCCGGUCUCGGUCCAAGUCCAGAUCCAGGUCUGCGUCCAGAUCGCCCUCUCGGUCUAGAUCCAGGUCCCACUCGCGGUCCUAACUGGCUACGACCACAGCUGGAACUCCCCGAGAAGUCUUUUGUACAUGUUUGGUAGCCGUAGCACAAGUGAUCGAAGUAGAACAUACGUCACUGCUGUACAUUUUUAACUCCCCUAAUGGUGUGUCUACAAUUGUUAAAUCUAAGUGCUUCCUCUCCGUAAAGCCUCCUGGCGCCAGGCCUUCCUGCUCGACUGAAAACAAUCUUCUCUUUGAAAACCCCCUUUACUCCUGGCCCACAGUAGAAUAUCCAAAACGCCUCGGCUCUCAGGCCUGGCCUUUCCCACAGGGAGCUCAGUACCUGGAUGGCUUUCAGGCUGGAACGGUGACAUAGGUAGGUACGGUGAGUUCGGCCAUUUUUGCCCUCGAAUUGAUGCCCUUUGAUGUUUGCCAUUUAGUGAAAGUGCUAAGUCUUAAGUUUCCUACCACUUUGGUUUCAUACUUUUGGACUUAACAAAGUUGUGAAUAGCACAGUCGAGGAAAAUUGAUACCUGCAGUAACCCAUAGGAAAUAAACUGUAGAGUUCCAUAUUCUGGUAUUGUGAUUAUAUUGUUUUAUAUUAAAAAAGAAAAGAAAAGAAUUUUUUUUAAUUUUAUUUUUCCCCGUCUUGCAAAGUAUAGUGACCCCUGUUUCCAUUAAAUUUGAAUAAAGACUAUUUUUGCUUGA